CGAAACCGAUAAAUUUUUUGUGAUAAUUUUCUAGAAUGGAGAUUUCAACCUGAAAUCAGAUGUUUGGAGCUUUGGAGUUACUCUCUGGGAGAUGUUUACUCUCGGAGAAAUACCUUACUCGUCGCUGGAUUAUGAAACGGCCAAGGUUAAGAUAGUUGAAGGGAUGAGACUUGGAUGUCCUGAAAUCCUGAAGGAGAACAAUCAACUCUUUUAUGACAAGGUUAUGCAUCCUUGCUGGGAAGGAGAAGGAGGGAAUCGUCCAACCUUCUCCAAGUUAGAGUCUAUAUUAGGAGAAUAUCUAGGAGAAGAAGGAAUAAAAAAGUUCAAAGAUGAAGAACAGAAAUAUCUCAGAAAUUCCAGCCCAAAACCUAAUAAGGGCUAUUCACGGGUUGAAAGCAUAGACGGAUCAAGAAGAACUGCAUCCGUCAGGAAAUCUACCUCUUCUAAUCAAUCAUCCCAGCCAUCCGACCUUACCUCUACCUCUCCUACUCAACCAACCCAAUCAUCCAAUCAUCCCUCUACCUCUCCUACUCAACCAACCCAAUCAUCCAACCUUCCCUCUACCAACCCUACCUCUGAUCCACACCCCUCCCCUCCUCCCAACCCUACCUUCCCUUUCCCUUCAUCUACUCAGCCCUUGAGCCCCUCCACCUCUGGCCAGUACAUAGCUGUGGACCAAGUUGGCUUACUUGUAGCUACUCCCAGAGAACCUGAAACAUUUACUCCCAGAUCUGAAACAUCUACUCCUAGCUUCUCUAAAACCUCUUCUCCUAUCUACUCCCAGAGAACCUAAAACAUCUACUCCUAGCUACUCCCAGAGAACCUCAAACCUCUACUCCUAGCUAAUCCAAGAGAACCUGAAACAUCUAAUCUUAGCUACUCCCAGAGGACUUGAAACAUCUACUCCUAGCUACUCCCAGAGAACCUGAAACAUCUACUCCUAGCUACUCUCAGAGAACCUGAAACAUAUAUUCCUAGCUACUCCCAGAGAACCUGAAACAUCUACUCCUAGCUACUCUCGGAGAACCUGAAACAUAUACUCCUAGCUACUCCCAGAGAAACUGAAACAUCUACUCCUAGCUACUCCCAGAGAACCUGAAACAUAUACUCCUAGCUACUCCCAAAGAACCUGAAACAUUUACUUCUAGGUACUCCCAAAGAACCUGAAACAUCUACUCCUAGCUACUCCCAGAGAACCUGAAACAUCUACUCCUAGCUACCCCCAGAGAACCUGAAACAUCUACUCCUAGCUACCCCCAGAGAACCAGAAACAUCUACACCUAGCUACACUCAGAGAACCUGAAACAUCUACUCCUAGCUACUCCCAGAGAACUUGAAACAUCUACUCCUAGCUACUCCCAGCUACUCCCAGAGAACCUGAAACAUCUACACCUAGCUACUCCCAGAGAACCUGAAACAUCUACUCCUACGUACUCCCAGAGGACCUGAAACAUCUACUCUUAGCUACUCCCAGAGAACCUGAAACAUCUACUCCUAGCUAUACCCAGAGAACCUGAAACAUCUAUUCCUAGCUACUCCCACAGAACCUGAAACAUCUACUCCAGGUUGGAGAACAUCUAAGCCGGAUAUCCUCCUGUCCUUCCGAAUAUAUCCUUCAGAAAUUAGAAUCUUUAGAGGUUAGUAUUUA